CACACACGCACACACACGCGCACACACACACACACACACACACACACACACACACACACACACACACACACACACACACACACGCACACACACGCACACACACUCACGCACACACCUCCCUCUUCUUUCCUCCAGCAGUCUGAUACCACAGAACAGCUAAUCCUCUAGCGCUGUGAACCUGGGCCCCUAGCUCUCCGUAGCACACCCCCCCCCGGCCCCCCAGGCCCACCCCCAGCGGGUCUAUAUGGUACCGGGGUAGCGGUGGCAGACGGACCACCCUGCUGCAGUGCUCUGCUGCUGUCUCCCACAGCCAGCCCACGUGAGAGGCUGCUGGGUUCUGGCUAGAGCCGAGACCCGGACGCACAACCAGCAGCCAUGGGGAACGAGAACAGCACUGAGGAGGCUCCGCAACCAGAAGAUGGCGACGAAGAGUCCGUUUUUCUAUUUCCACCUCAGGAAUAUCAUUAUGACAUCCCUAAGACGGGAUCUCGGGAGAGUUUGACUCAGACCACAGCGCUCGGAGAGGGGCCGGGGCGGGCCGAACAGAACACAGAAGCGUCGACGUUGUCCCUGCUGCCGGACAUCCCGGUGGUCUGCGGGUUACCGGAGGAGUCCCGGAGCGGGUUCGGAGUGUACAAAGAGCCAGAGGAGGACCACGAGGAUGAGCUGGAGUUCCCCCAUGACCUGCUGCCCAGCCUAGACUUCAGCAGCGACCUCAACAUCUGGGAGUCCUCGCUGGGCAGAAACAAGGUUAGCUUGGCUGAGAAGAAGGGCGAUCAGGUGAAUUCCCUUCUGGCAGGUCCGGAGCAGUGCAAGGAAAUCAUCCCCUUGGUGGCUUUAGACUCAAGGCCUCCCGAUGGCGGCCCGGCUCUCCCAGGUGUCCACACUUCACCCCAGACGGCUGCUGUGCCUUCGCCGGGUGUCCCACCCCGUUCCCAUCUGCCCCCGUCUGAGGACCGCCUAGACCGGGAGCUCCGAGAGGCCUUCCAGGAAUGCGAGGAACAGAUGGCCUCGCUGGGUGCAUUUGAUCCCCCCUCCGAGUGCCCCAACAGCAGCGGGUCCCAGGCGCCGGCCCCGGAGGACAGAGCCGGGCAGGCAGAGGUUAACGGGGACGAUGACUCAUCAGCCCGGGCUCCAAUCGUCGCUCACCCGGGGCAUAGUGGCGGUGACCAUGGCAACAGCGGCAGCACACAUGGAAACAGCGAGGGAGCCGACUGUCAGAAGGACACUCUCGUGUUUAGUUUUAGGGAUUACAUACUGGGCACGGACGACGGUGCCGGGAAAGCCCUGGGAGAAAGUCAACAGGGGGAGCAGAACCCAGGAGCAAGGCCGUGUGAACUCCUAUUGGAGAGCUCAAAGGAGGAGGCUGAGAUCACUGCACAGAGAAACACGCGUCAUCCAAUGCAAUCAGAGGCACCGUCGGAUCUAGAUUACGUUAACAAGUCGUCCGUAGCGCCUAUGCUUAGUGAGCAUGGAGAGGGCGAGGUUAAGCACAAGAUUGGAGACAGUAUAGAUUGUAAAAAAGCCUCCAGAAAGAAAAGCUGCAAGAAAGCUAUGCUGGUGGGGUCAUACAUAAAGAAUAAAUUACAAAGGGAUAUUCACUCAGAGGAAGACUCCGAUAUUAAUAUGAAUGUGACUGAGCAAGAAAUGGAAAAGAACCCUGAUAGAGUCACUGAGGUGAUUCCUCAUUCCAGCCCAGGUCCCUGUCUACAAGAAAGGUGCAACACCGCAGCCAUUGAUUCAGAGACACAUAAACAAGCAGAUCUGCAAACAGACGAGGAGCAGGGGAUCAAUAAAAAGGUGAAGAAGAGAGAAAAAAAGGGACAUAGAAAAAAGAAACAGGCCGACAAAAUAGCUGAGAUUGCAAAGGCAUCACAGUCCGAAUGUAGACCUCAAAGUAACACGGAUGCAACCGAAUCUCCCCCAUCAGUGACACCUGCGGGGCUAAACGUUGGGCCCGGCCCAGAUUCCCUGGUAAAUGCUGAGUCGCUGUUACAGGUGGACGGCCACGCAGUGAUGUGUGCGGAACAGCCUGAUAAUGGUUUGAAUUAUAAAAAACAGCUGAUUGCGCUGGAACCGGCCAGCCUCAGCCCCCCACCCGCCACCCCUGGCAUCGGUCUCAGUGGGUCGUUGUUGUGUCCCCCUCGCUGCACCCAGGCCCAUUCAGACGGUACACAGCAGGCAGACCACCACCCCCAUACAGAUGACCCACCCGACGGUGCCCCGUACACCCCCACCUCGGAACGAGAGUUAACCGGUUCCAUCCAGGUCGUCCACCACAUGCUGAAAGAAAUCCAGCAUUGGAACUCUGUCAACCCGAGUACUACUUUAGGCACUGUUGACAGCGAAACGUCAACGGUUGACUCACGGGAGGAUGUGUGCGCCUCGCAAGAAGAGCGACGUACAGAGGGGGGAAACAGCCCACUCACCCAGCAGCCAGCUCCAACUUCAGUAGGAGACGGUGGGAGGGAACCUGCCCUUUUAGAUGCUUCAGCAAUAGCCAACGGGUUGCCAUUGACAACACCCACGGCGGCAGAAUUUAUAGAAGGUGAGGGAGAGGGAGAGAAGAGCGAGAAGAGUGAUUCGCCGGAGAGUGCUGCUGCUGUAGCAGUUAGAGUAAGCCCGGCGGCCGGGGGUGAAGGAGGCUCAGGGGGAACGGAGAGCGAUGCGGGAGAGGAGAGAGAGGACAGCGAUCUGGACAGGCUCGUCCUGCUCUCGUUAAUAGGUACACAGGAGAAGUGCUCCCUCGCAUUCUCAUUCGGGGAGACGUUCGCCGAGGAUCCCGGCUGGGCGAGCGUCGACGGCGAUAAUACAACGCCGCACAACUCUGAAGACGAGGUAGCGAAGGACCUGUCGGACGACGACGAUUUUGAGCAAGUGACUGUACGCUCCAGAGCGGAGAGCCAGGCGUUAAAGCAGCCCCCUGGGACCGGGGAUUGUAUCGAAUCAUCUCUGCAGAAACACAGCGCUGUGGAGAGAGGGAGAGCGGAAGAGGGAGCGGGAGAGGGAGAGGGAGGAGGAGGGAGAGUAGGAGGGGGAGGAGGAGAGGUGGCAGAGAGAGGAGGGAUAGUGAGAGAACACCGUUCGGCCAGCCAGCCAGAACGCUCCGCAUGUGGGGUGUCAUCAGCUGAGACGGAGAGGCGACCGCCCCCAGAAGCUGCCGAGUCACAAGCGGAGUCACAGCGCCGUGGCCAGCCUGUUGCUGCUGCUGCUGCCACCGUCGAGAGCCCCUCCGUCACACGGCGCGGCCGCCCCGAGCCGGAGCUGGUGCAGAGCCGAGAGACGGUCCCUCUAUGCGAUUCCUCUCAGCGGUGCCGCGGCGAUACAGAGGCAGACACACAGGAUGGCCGUAAACCAAACCCGGUCACAGCGGAAAAAGCGUUUACCCCGGGACCCGUUUGUCAGGACGCUUCAAGCGCACGGAGGACGGAGGAGAUCGAUGACUAUGGAACUGGUCAGUGCUCUGCUUUCCUCCCUUUGAACACUGUGCGUGACAGCCCCAGUGAGGGGACGGAGGGUCAGCCAGUCCACACUGGUGACUGCACUGCAGAUCCUUUUAUUGCCACCUCCACCGCCGACAGUGGUGCAGCUCAGCCCGGGGGACUAGUUCACAGCCAGGGCACCGCCGGUGGCACCAUGUCCGGAGCAACAGGGGUGGCAAGAAGCGACCACAGUGGAGGCAACAGGAGGGUUCACUUUAACGACAGCGUGAAACCGGGCGACACCUGCUCUGUGGGGCUCAGGAGCACCGCUCCUCUGGACCUGGGCUGUGCCUCUCUGCCGCCGUUGACCGUACACGAGAGUCUACGACAUCCCGUGGUGGAGACAAGCUACAGUUUCUUCCAGGAGGUCCUAAGUUUGCAGAAGCAGGACAUCCCAGCAGACAUGGCACCUAAAGGGGAUGAAUCAGCAAAACGCAUGCCGACCGAACGCCCGGAACCGAGGGAAGAUGUAAAGGCGGCCGGGGCGGAUGAUCAGAUAAACACUGUUGAGGAGAAGCAAGGAAAAGGUCAGCUACUGAAUAAUGACAACAAGGCAGACACAACAGAGGUGCGUGUGAAGUCAGGGAGACACGAGGUCUGCGUGGAGAACAAUGGGCAACUCCCUCCACAUGUUGUAGAGAUCAAACAGGGGCGUGUUGAGGACGGGCCUGACCCUUCAUUCCCAGCCCAACGUACAGAAGGUCCCCUGGGUAUCCUUUCUUCCUCCAUCCCCCAGGCGACACCCAAUGUGGAAGUGUCUGACACUUCCAAUGCGGCAGUUCCUAUAAAGGAUGCCCCAGCAAUUAAUACAUCAGACGGCCCCGGGAAGCUAAAGACUGAUGUCAGAAACGACGAGAAAAACGUAGAGAAUCUCGGAAAAAAAGGUCAGUUGGUUGAUAAAGAUAUCAGUGGUGCUAACUACACAGCAGACACUCAAUCAGUAGACCAGGUUUGUGCGAGUACAAUUAUUGAUAAAAUGCCAGUUCCAUGUGCUGGGGAGAAGAGGCAGGUUAAUCACGAUGAUUGUAUUGACAUUUCACACAGAGUUGUUAAUGGUACAGCUGCUCUUGCUGAGAAUGAAAAGAACGCUGCCUCUGACUCUGGUGAUGUAAACACUGAACAGGGAAAGUUGAAAGAGGGCAGCGAGGCAGACAGACGGGGCGUUGCUACAGCAUGCGUAUCUCUUGUUAAAGAGAAGGAAAUAAGACCAAUAAAUGGAUUAGUCAGUGCCAACAAGGAUCCAGAGUCACCCCAGGUCCGUGAUACUAAUGUCAUGGCCGUCGUUGUUAAAGAGGAGGUUGAUGACCAGUCUUCUAUCUGCUCCCUGACAAAGGUCUCUGUUGAUCCCCUGGCUUGUUAUCCUCAGAGUGACGACUCCAUGUUAGCUCCCGUUGGGAAAAUAUCUACAGACCUGCCCUCUACUCUAUCACACCAAUUGGACUUAUCCAUUGCAGCUGGCUUGGAGCCAACUAAUACACCAAAAGGUGAACAGAUAGAAAUUGCUGCUCUUUCCACAGAAGACUCCUCAGAGACUUUAGAUCACGUAACCCAUGACCAACCUCUUCCUGGCAAUCAUCAGUGGGCCGGUAAACCUGCCCUGGCUCUAAAACCCCCAGGGCCUAUGCUGAGUCACCUAGAGUCUAUUAACGACUGCGACAUCCCUCUUCCUGCCCGGCCAGGAAACCAGGGCACGGAGAAUGACGACAGUAAAAUCUCUGUGAAUGUAAUGGACACUAAUGAUCUGGUAAAUGAUACAAAAGAUGCCCCAAAAUGUGUUUCUGAACAUGAGGAUCCUGCUACUGCAGCCUUGGAUAAUUCACCUGACGUCCUUAUUAUAUCUCCCACUAGGGAGAUGGAUAAACAGAAGCAGCCAACUCAUUCUCCCUCAGCAAUACGGCCAGCGGCUGAAUCUGAUGACGCCAUUGCUCAAACUCAAUUCAAAACCGAGUCUGGGCUGAAGUCGCCCAUCCACAUUGAGCCCAGUAGUUGUGACGCAUCCAUUAUAGAUGGGCUGAUACAUGUGAGUCCAGCGCUGAGAGUCAUCUCGGUGCUCAACCAGGACAACAUGAAAGAGAUGGAUAAAAAUCAUAAUUCCCCCUUUGAUGUGGCCGAAAUGCAACCAGAUGAAAAACAAGAGGACACAAAGGAGUCCUGCCGAGAGGGAACAGCUGACUCACCCCCACAGCAGGACAACGGGUCAGAUAGAGCAGCCGGCGGGGAGGUCGGAAACCUACCAUCAAUCAAACCUAAAGCAGGAGACACCGAACCGUCGAAAGAGAGUAGCGAUGGGAUCAGCGGAAUAGAGAUCGAGGCCGGGACUCCAACACCCGCUCACAACGAUCUCAUCGCUGCACACGACACGUUGACUUCUGAGGGCAUGUUGUCUGGUGAUGAUUAUCAGUUGGUUUGGGUCAACGACCUGCAGCAGAAACCGACCGCAGCAACAGCUGAACAAGAACCACAAGAGCUCAUUGAGGAAGGGCGGGGUUCAGCUGGGACUCUAUAUGAGUCUGCCGGUAGCGGCGUGUUGACAGCUGAGGACCACAGUGUCAGAGCUGAAGACCUGGAAGUGAGUAGAAGUGAGGAAGAGGGAGGAAAGGGCGCACGAGGGGUUAACAAAGCAAACGCUGCAAACGAUUUAAAUAAGACUAUAGUGGCUGUUGAAAGAGAGACUUUAGCCUACACAGAAAUAGCAACAGAAAGUGCAAAAACACCGGGGGAGAGCUCGCAUCAAAGCACUCCUUCAGAAGCGGCGAGGUGCAGCCCAGAUUUGAUGUCAAAGGAUGUAUUUGGGCGUGACAGGGGUUCUGAGGGUCAAGGAACAACUGUUUUCCCACCUUCACGUCAAGAGCGAGAUGGGAAAGCUGAAUCCACAGAGAAGACUGUAGCCCUUGUUGGUGAAUCUGCCCCAAACCUGACCUUUCAUGUAGCGGCGCCACUUUUAUUGCAGGUUAGCGGGAAUGGGCUCGAUAUUCCAACAGUGCAUACGACAAACCAAUCCAAGGAUAUUUGUGCCGGAAAAGCAGACAUUCUAAGUUCAGAGUUUCCAGAGCAACCAAAAACCCUGGAAAAGACUCCCAGUGCUGCUGCAAAAGUAGAAAUCAAGGGUUCUGGCCUUCAGCAGUCUGGUAUUCAGGGUGCAGUGUGUGAGCCUCACGAGCUGCAGAGCUCGAACGAAAGUGCAGUGUCACAGAGCCGAACAGUGGCACAAACACCCAUAAAAGGCCCUGACACGACACAGCCAGACAAAGCAUCCUUGGAUGAAAAGAAAAAGGCCAGCCAGGGGUCGGACAAUAAUAAAAUGGACGCGAUAAACAAUGAGCCGGAGGAGAAACAGAGGCCUGUAAAAGCAACUGGUGCCGCUGACGUCGUCGGUUCUGGCUCAGUCCGACGCUCGGACAUGCACGGCAGUGCGGUAACCGACCGUGUUGAGACAUCCGCUCUGCAUCGCGUCAGUGGGCCGGGGAGCGGAGCUCACGUUAGGAUGCCAGAAGCCGGUGAUCAAGUUAUCGAUCACAGUGGGGACGCCAGCCCUUCGGUCCUAGCUGCUUCCAAGUGUCCGGAAGACCUUGUGGAGAUCGAUGCAGCUGCUGACACAGCUUCUUCCUCAGACCGAGUCCCAGGGGAUAAAGGGUCGGUCAUGCCGCCGCACACAGACCCCAUUGAGGACGCCAGUCCUCCGCUGAUCGAAUCAAAGACCCAGAGGGAACAUACAGAGGCCUCUCUAGGUUCGGGCCUAGGCCGACUCCCAGCAGCAGAUUUGGAGGGAGAAGCCUCUGCCGCCAUCUAUGCUACCGUACAAGUGUGCGCGAGCGUGGCCCCUGUCCCGGAGCCCCAGACCAAGAUGUCACAGAGUCCUGAUCAGGGGAUAACAGGAACCAGACAGGAACCAGAGACAGACUGGAUCCAAGGGUUGAGAGAAGCCGCGCGCCUCUGUGAACUCAAGAAUGAAGGCCAGGCAUCUGAUUUACAAACAAUUUUAAGGCCCCUCCCAUCUCUGGAGUCUCCACAACUAGACUUUCUCACCCCCACCGCGGAGACCUCCGUUCCACUCAGUCUGCCGGACAGCACACUGACAGCGGCAGCAGAGGAGCACCGCACUGCAAACACUGCGCCUGUGGAAUAUGUGCAGAAACCGGGAGAGGUUUUGAAUAGGACAGUCGAGCCAGUACUGCUUCAAGAAGCAGUAACGAAGGCGGAGAAACUUCCAGAACCAGUGAAGUUGCCAGAGGUACUUCCGGAACCAGUGAAGUUGCCAGAGGUACUUCCGGAACCAGUGAAGUUGCCAGAGGUGCUCCCUGAACCAGUGAAGUUACCAGAGAAACUUCCAGAACCAUUGAAGGAGGUUGCAGAGCUUCCAGCGCCAGUUAAGGAGUCGGUACACCUUCCUGAACCAGUGAAGCUACAAGAGAAACUCCCGGAACCAGUGAAGCUACCAGAGAAACUUCCUGAACCAGUGAAGCUACCAGAGGAACUUCCAGAACCAGUUAAGCUACUAGAACAGCUACAAGAUCCAGAGAAGCUACCAGAGAAACUUCCUGAACCAGAGAAGCUACCAGAGAAACUUCCUGAACCAGUGAAGCUACGAGAGGAACUUUUUGAACCAGUUAAGCUACCAGAACAGCUCCAAGAUCCAGAUAAGCUACUACAACAGCUCCAAGAUCCAGAGAAGCUACCAAAGAAACUUCCUGAACAAGAGAAGCUACCAGAGAAACUCCCUGAACCAGAGAAGCUACAAGAGAAACUCUCUGAACCAGAGAAGCUACCAGAGAAACUUCCUGAACCAGAUAAGCUACCAGAGAAACGUCCCGAACCAGAGAAGCUAUCGGAACGGCUCCAAGAACCAGUGGAGAUACCAAUACAGCUCCCAGAACCAGUAGAGAUACCAGUACAGCUUCCAGAACCAGUGAAGCAGUCUGUAAAAUCUCCAGACCGAGUAAAGCUAUUGGAAGUACUGCAAGAACCAGUGGACAUACCAGUACAGCUUCCAGAACCAGUGGAGCUAAUAGCGAGCCUUUCAGAACCAGUAAAGGUACUAGAUAAUUUACCAGAACCAUUGAAGCAGACAGAACCGCUUCCAGAACCCUUAGAGGUACCUGUAGAACAACCAAAAGAAGAAGUAGUUCCAGAACAACCAAAACACUCUCCAGAGCUCACAGAACCAUCAAAGAAUUCUGUAGAGUUCUCCGAACCACUAGAGGAACUCAACAACCUUCCACAAGUCCAAAAACCAACUUUGACCUCAGAACCUGAAAAUGGCGCAGAACAAUUGAAGACAUCGUUUGACGUCCCUGAACAAGGACAAGAAGCUGCAGCACUCAGAGAACCGCUGAAGGAACCGAUCACUGAGCCAACCAGGGAAGCAGAAGAGCUACCUGCUGGGAGCCCACCAGUGGAACCAGUGAACCCACCAGCUGAUGGAACCCCAGUAAGCGACACAGUCGAGGAUCCAGCGGAGGAGCCACACAGCCCUGAGCCCUCCCUUGCUGAACAACCCCAGAGAAGUGACUCCCCCUCUGCCUCCUUGCCUCGCAGCCCUCCUCCUCCUCUUCCUCCACCUCCUCCUCCACCAGAGCCUCCUGUCCAUCGUGACAUUCCUCCUCUUCCGCGUUGGGACGACACCGACUUCCCGACUCCUCCCUCGUCCCCCUCAGAGACACACGUGUCCCCCACCGCUGUCCCGCUGACCCCCCCUGCAUCCCCCAGCACUUUCCCGCCGCCACCCCUCGACCCUGCACCGGCCCCCCCACCUGCUCCCCAGGAAGGACACCCCUGCCCUGCUGCACCUCACCCCCCCGCAAGGAGCUCGGACUCGGACGGAGCCUUCGAGACCCCCGAAUCCACCACCCCAGUCAAGUCCCCUACCCCAACUGGACCUCAAGACUUGAUCCCCACCUCGGACGACCAAGACUGUGGUACUGGCUCGGUGUCCGACCUCACCCUCGUGGUCUCCGACUCUGACGGCCCCUCCUUCCAGCCGCCCACCCGCUCGCUCUCCAUCGUCUUCGACGAGGACAAGCCCAUCGCCGCCAGCGGCCAGUACAACAUCGAGCACGGGCCGGCCGGCUCCGCCCUGACCCGCUCGCUCAGCCUGCAGGGGGGCGAGCUAGAAGGCGCCGAUCCCCUCGACGGCGCCGACCCGCUAGACGGCGGCGGCGGCGGCGACACCGCGGCGGGCUUCCACGCGCGCGCCGAGUCGUUCAGCGUGGGCACAGGCAGCGCCCCCGGCACCCUCCGCAGGCCCAAGAAGGGCCGCCCGGGCUCCCUGAAGAAGAAGCCCCUGGACGGGCAGAACUCGGACCCCGAGGCCCCGCGGGUCACCCCCUCCUCCGGCAGCACCACCCCGGAGACCAAGAGGAAGCCCCACGCGCGCACCGGCAGCCCCCUGCUCCAGGCCCAGGACGACCCCGAGGCGUCCCCCGCCACCCCCAGCCCGGGAGGGACGCUCCGACGGACCCGCAAGGCCCGUGUGGACACCCCGCCCCCGCUGCCCGAGGAGACCGCCCCCGUCGGCCCGGAGGAGACCCCCGUGGCCCCGGCCGUGACCCGGGAGGAGUCGUCCCCCCUCCCCGCGCCCCGGACCCCGCCCACCGGAGAGGACGCCCCCAUCCUGCCCCGAGGCGCCUACAAAUGGGACCCCGAUAACUUUGACGACAUCGACCCCUUCAACUCCGGAGGGAGCAAGAUCGCCAACUCCCCCGAGUUGGCCCGGAAAGGACCGGUUUCGGCCGCCGCCGCCGCCCCGCCCCCGCGAACCCCCCCCCUCCCCGCCCGGCAGCCCUCCCACGGAGAGGAGGCCCCGGGCCCCCGAGCAGAGCCGGUCGGUCGCCCCGAGGGGCCGCAGCAGCAGCAGCAGCAGCAGCAGAAGCCUCCGGCGGUGAGGCUGGAGUUCGACUACUCCGAGGAGAACGGCGAGGCGUCGAAGCGGGCGUCCCCCCCCCCCAAGAAGCUGGGCAAGAAGCCGGGGGCCAAGAUGCCCCUGAGGAGACCCAAGCUGGGGCUGAAGAAGGCCCCGCCCGCCCAGACGGAGCCGCUGGACAACGAGGUCUCGGCGGGCCCAAACGACCACGCGGACGACGUCCCCGUGCCCAAAGCGUCCUACAAGUUUGACCCCGAGAAGUGGGAGGACCCGAACUUUGACCCCUUCAACACCAAGAAGGCCAUCCCCAACUCCCCCGAGCUCUCCCGGCCCUCGGGGAACUUUGACGGCAGCAGCUUCGACGACUCCGUGGACCCGUUCCAGUCCUCCGUCAAGAUGGCCGCCUCGCCUCCCAAGGGCUCGGCCUCCUUCGGCGCGCCGGUCGUGGACAACGACGUGGACAACGAUAACGUCGGCGAGCUGGAGGAUCACAAUCAGAACAAGCCCGCCAAGAAGAAGAGAACUCCGAUAAAAAGUAACACGUUCAGAGUGAAGAGAUCCCCGAAGAAAUCCCCCACCAGUGAACCAUCACAGGAGUCCACGGACGGGGACGACGGCCUCCACUCGCAGGACGAGCACGCCACGGACGAGGAGAAGCUGGCCUCCUCCACCGGCCACAAGUGGAGCGCCCUGCAGGACGGCGACCUGACCUCGGACGGCCAGGACUUCCCCCAGCCCAGCGACCUGUCCUCCUUCGUCAGCGAGGUCGGACUCCCCCACCAGGACGACGUGCCAGACUAUGAGAUCGAGUACAUGGAGAAGAUCGGCUCUGCUUCGCCGCCCCUCUCUGUGAAGAAGCCCUCCCUUUAUCUGAAGCUGGACUCUGUGUCCGACAGUCUGACCAACAACACGUGUACCAUGGGGUCAGAGCCCAACUCUCCCUGCACAGGGAGCUUCGAGGAGAUGGAGGCUCAGAUCUCGGCUGACAUGAAGACGCCGGUGCUCAGCCACCGGCCAGGCCCCGAGGGCUCCGCGGGGGACAAGGGCCGCAAGAGGGAGAGCGAGGCGCUCAGUCGCACGCAGAGCGCCGACCGAGACGAACAGUCCCCUAGCCAGGGCCCUGCAGAGGCACCCCCCGCCCCGGCCCUGUUAGACAGGCUGCCGCAGUGCGACGACCCCCUACGCUACCUGGAGCCCGACCUGGCCGAGACCAACCCCAACGCCUUCGCCCUCAAAUUACAGGAGGAACUGGUGCUGGCAGCCCUGCGGAUAGAAGCUCUGCAGGUAGCCACGCACAUCUCCCAGUGCCCCUCCCUCUCCACUGUAACCCCCCAGCAGAGGGAAGUCACGUCGCCGAUGGAGAGUGUGGUGUCCAAGGGUUCCCUGUACACCCGCACCCCGUCCACAGGCUACAGCGAGGAGGCCAGCCCGUACCUGCCCCGAGACCUGGACCAGUCCCUGGUCAUAGCCAGAGACGAGGUGAUCACAAAAGAGAAGGAGGUCAUAGAAUGGCAGAGGAAGUACGAGGAGAGCCGACAGGAAGUGGUGGAGAUGAGGAGAAUUGUUGCAGAGUAUGAGAAGACCAUUGCUCAGAUGAUAGGCAUGCCAGAGGAUGAGCAGAAAGAGAAGUCCCUGUCCCACCACACCAUCCAGGCGCUGAUCAUAGAAAAGGACCAGGCGCUGUCCGACCUCAACUCCGUGGAGAAGUCCCUGGCCGAGCUCUUCCGCCGCUACGAGAAGAUGAAAGACGUGCUGGAGGGCUUCCGCAAGAACGAGGAGGUCCUGAAGAAGUGUGCCCAGGAGUACCUCUCCCGAGUACGGAGGGAGGAGCAGCGCUACCAGGCCCUGAAGAUCCACGCCGAGGAGAAGCUGGACAGGGCCAACUCGGACAUCGCCCAGGUGCGCUGCAAAGCCAAGCAGGAGCAGGCGGCGUGCGCGGCCAGCCUGAGGAAGGAGCAGAUGAAGGUGGACUCUCUGGAGCGCACCUUGGAACAGAAGAACCGAGAAAUCGAGGAGUUGACGAAGAUCUGUGACGAGCUCAUCGCCAAAAUGGGGCGGAGUUAGCAGUGGCCACGCCCCAUCUCCCAGGGGGAGCCAGCAGAACGCCAAACUUUAUCCAAAAGAACAGAAGGCGCCAUCUCAGCCCCAGACGAGGGGUCUCACGUCGUGCCCACCUCGCUUCCAGACUUUGCCUACCAUGGCUCCCUCUGUACCCACCCACCCCACACUUGUGUCAAUGUGGUUUUACUGUAACUAAGGGUGUGGAUUCAUGUGCUUGCGCACACAACAUAUCAUGUGUGCGUGCGUGAGCGUACCUGUGGGUGAGUGCUGUGUUGCUGUGUUGGAAUGACUGCAAGAGAGAGAGUGUGUGUGUGUGAUAGAGAUAGAGAGAGAGAGUGGGAUGAAAUGUAACGUUGCCAUGACAGCCACUGAUGGACAAGACUGUAAACUUAAUCCUGCUGUUGUUUGUUCUUAAUAGAAGAGAGUUCAAUAUAAAUGUCGGCAGGCAGCAUAUGUCCUGUAUAUGACUUAGUUUUGAUUGAUUACACGUUGGCUUAUAUACUAGUAAUGAAAAUAUAUAAAAGAUCACAGUAGCUUAUCGCAUGUGAGAUGUUUGUAAAUAGAGAGUUUCCAUGAUUGAUAACGCUCACUUGCAUUUUUGAUACCGUUCCGUCGUAUACAACAAAGCCACCAAUGCUUUCUUUGUCGUUUCCUUGUAGAUACUCCCCGCGCUUACUUUGUCCCCUUAGCUCUUGAUGAAAACGUGGGAUUUUAUUUUGAUAUAAAGCUAACUUAAUUGUCAUCAGUUGUGGCCGUGGGUCACUUCAUUUAAUGUCCGACAGCCUGCUGCUGUGGCCGUUGUGAUGCACCGAGAGGAGUCCGGCUCUUCUCGGCACCACCGCCGUUCAGCAUCUGCUUACAAAGUGCAAUAAAGGAUGGCAAUACAACC